UCUAGGUGAUGGCGUCUGUGUUUUUCUCUGCUCCUCUGACGUGGAGACGGAGCACAUGCAGUGUGUUGUCUCUGUCUCUCUCUGCCGAUGAUUGUGGAGUGCUGGAGGACAGACAACAACCAACUGAUAGAGCCAGCUUCCAAAGGGAAUGUGUGAUAGGGUUGUCAGUGAGCCAUACAGUAGAGCUGUCCUGUUCGUUUGGGCCUCCUGUGUGUUUGCUAAGAGAACGCUUUCACUUCUAUGAGGUGAAGUGACCUCACUUUUACCGGUCUUGCACUCUAUCCUAAUGCUCUAAACUAUAAGUCUUGGCCACUAAGCAUCAUAUAUAAGACCUUUCCUCAGAACGCACUCUGAACUGUGUGUAUCAAAACCACAGUUACAAAAGAGGAAGUGCUCACUACUUACUUAUUUCCUUCUGCAUCCUCUCAUUUUUCUUUUUACCCGUUUAUUCCUUCAUUCGUCCUUUUUGUUUCUCAUAGAAAUGUUUAAUUGGUCCUGAAUUGGAUGAAGUUUGUUUGUGCUGUCAUUCCGUGGCAUGUUUCUAGAGAACUGCUUGUCAGAUUGGGUGUACUUCUUUUUGUAGCACGGCUAUUUGGAUUGAUUCAGUGUUGACGUCAGUCAGGAAGCUGUACACAGGAGUUCCCCUAUUCAGUCUGCUUGCUGCUACUGCUCUGAAGGGGAUAUGGAGGAUUUUCCUGAUAUGUACCAGGGGAAAGACCCUGAGGACAUUGAAUCUUUCCAGGGUGAGAGGAGGAAGAUCAUUCAGCCGACAUCUUUGAAAGAUCCCAAACUUGAAAAGCUGAAAUCGGUUUUGGUUAACUGGAUCAACAGUACUUUGAAAGAGGAACACAUCGUAGUGCAGAGUCUGGAAGAGGAUAUCUUUGAUGGCCUAAUCCUCCAUCACCUCCUUGGGAGGUUAGCUGGAGUGCUUCUGUCUGUGGAUGAGAUAGCGGUGACCAGCGCUGCUCAGACACGCAAGCUGGAGGUCAUCCUGGAGGCCCUGAAUGAGAAACUGGGGCUACAGGACAGCUCUCUCAGCAGGUGGAGUGUCAAACUCAUCCACAGCAAAGACUUGCUGGCCACACUCCAUCUUCUGGUUGCCAUGGUGAGGUGCUUCCAGCCUAAUCUGGAGCUUCCCCCAAAUGUCAGAGUGGAAGUUGUCUUGUUGGAGGUCAACAGAAGUGGAAUCAAAUCAGAAAAGGAAAUAGAGAUUCUUACAGAUGAAAGCGAUUCAGCUACCGACGCCCUGAGCAGCUCAGACAGCGAGGAUCCCAUUGAGCAGCUGCUGAAGCUGGAACCCCACAAGAUCAACACAGUAAAGCGGGCCAUCAUGCACUUUGUCAACAAGAAGAUGUCAACCUUGGGACUACAGGUGACAGACAUGGAGAAACAGUUUUCAGAUGGUGUUAUACUCCUUCUGCUGAUUGGACAGUUGGAGGGCUUCUUUGUUCCACUCUAUGACUUCAACAUCACCCCAGUCAAUGCUACUGAGAUGCUGCAGAAUGUGACCGUGGCCCUGGACCUCCUGAAUGACAUAGGGCUACCCACGACCAACAUUGAGCCCCAAGAUAUAGUCUCUCAGGAUGUGACAGCUACCUUGAAGGUCCUAUAUGCCCUGUUCAAGAAGCACAAAAGCAGAUGAGAGUGGGAAGAACACGGACGAGGACAUUAGGAGGUGAAGACGCCAGAAGUCCAUUGCCUGAGGUGUUUUUCCCCUGGCAAGUCCAGAAUAAUAGGCUGAUUCCCUCUGUGAAAUUACAGAAAAAUCAUAUAUCGAGUCUAUGUAAAGCUUUGUGUACUUUGUGUCAAUAAAAUUGUACUGUAUGUGCCAUAGUUUGAAUAGCAUGGGAAACCAAUCCCCGACCACGUUCCCCUUUGAAGAUCAAAGUAAUCUCAAAGUAGUCUGAAAUUGUGAGUGAGUAUCCUAUUGUGUUCUAUGACUCUGACGCUGCUGCUCGCUGCAACAAGAUACCAUAGGAAAACAGCAUCUUGUGACGUUUUUACAAAACGAUAAGCAUCAAAACGUAUGAUGCUUAUGUCAAUACAUUACAGUCAAUGGGAAAAGAUGAGCGUCACAGGGUUGAUGCCUAAGUGAAUACAUUGCAUUUAAUAGGGGAAGAUUAUUGACACAAUGUGGACGCCUUUGGACAUGACACCCUCGUUCUCUCUCAAUUCAAUUGGCUUUAUUGGCAUGGGAAACACAUGUUAAAAUUGCCAAAGCAAGUGAAGUAGAUACUAUACAAAAGUGAAAUAAACAAUAAAAUGAACAGUAAACAUUACACUCACAGAAGUUCCAAAAGAAUGAAGACAUUACAAAUGUCAUAUUAUGUAUAUAUACAGUGUUGUAAUGAUGUGCAAAUGCUUAAAGUACAAAAGGGAAAAUAAAUAAGCAUAAAUAUGGGUU